UGAACAUUGAGAUCUCCAAACAUUUUUGAGAAUGAAAUAUGGAUUGAGUAGCCAAAGGUAGUUCUCAUUUGGAAGGAAUUAAGAACCAUAUGUAAAGUUUUGAAUUACAUAAUUUUACUUACAUAUAUGACGUCAUACAUGUAGAAAAAUGACGUCAUAGCAACUUUUUGAUCUUGUAAUGGUGACAAAUAAUCUAGACUCCAACUGCAAACUUUGAAGAUCAAAUUCAUAUACUGAAGAAAUAUGAAUAACAGAAAAAAAAGUAAACUUUCGGCUAAGGAAAUACUUAUUAGGAACAGAGAACGAAAAAGGCUUCAGAAAAAUGAAACGAGUAGAAAAUCUUAUGGAAAGUUGUACAAGAAUAAAGAGAGCGAGACAAAAACAUAUAGUCAAACGAUUAAUGCAAGAAAAAAGAGAGAACAAAGGGAGAAAUCUAAGAAAAUAAAUGAAAGAAAACUGAAAAAUAAAAUGAAUGUCCGUAAACACAGAGGUAAAAAAAAUGUAGAACUUUCAUCAAUGUCACUUGUUGUACCAGAAGGUUCAAAUGUUUUCAAAAACAGAAUGGAAAAGGCCAGAGCCCUAAGAAAAUUUAAAGAAGGUUUACCAAAAUCUCCAUCUAAACGAUGCGCAGUUAUAUCGAUUUAUUUGGCCCGCAGAUCCCCUCGAUCGCCAACAAUAGCUAAUCUGAAACAUUCAGUUUCGCCAGUUGAAAUGGCCGUCGUUGCAGAUAUUCAAGAAAUAAUAAAAUCUACAAAAUUAAAGCGAUCUAAGAAUGCACGUUCGGUAAUGAAUUCUGUUACUGCAUCAAUCAGCGGGGAAAAUUUAGCAAACUCGAGAGGUAAAAUUAAACUGUGUAAAAAUUUAGGUUUGCCAGCAAGAAGGGUUGCUGGAGGCCAGCGUAUUAGGUCUAGAAUUCUUAAAAGUGAAUCGUCUGCAUGGGCUCUUACGCAACAGAAAACAAGAAAAGAUUCCAUUUCAGAAGAAACAAAGAAAACAGUUUAUAACUUUUGGCUCUCUGAUGGCAUAUCACACCCGACAGGCAACAAAUCCGAUAUCAAAAGAGAACGAUUGGGACCAAACUUAUAUACUUCGCAUAUGACACACGUGCUGGAAAAAACACAAACUGAUGCGUAUUUAGAUUUUGUCGCCAAAUAUCCGGAAAUUAGAAUUGGACAAAGAGCAUUUUAG